AUAAACACUAAUGUUGUCAACAAAAUCAUUGUUAUGGUUGCCGUUGGUGGUGGUGUGCCACUUCACCAUCUCAUGCAACGCCAACCAACAAGAUGAAUAUCUCUACAAGUUCAUCCAGUCACGAAGGUCUCACAUGAAGCCUUCACAUGGAGAAGCAUGGAGUGUUGCAGAUGGUGUUAAUGGUGUGAAUUAUCAAUAUUUUUCUGAGGCACAUGUUGAACAGCAGGGACGGACCCAGGUUGCUGAUAAGGUGAAGGCUUUGCCGGGACAACCUGGAGUGGAUUUUGAUCAGUAUGCAGGGUACGUUACAGUGAAUGCUAAAGCUGGAAGAUCACUGUUCUAUUACUUUGUUGAGUCACCUCAUAAUUCUUCCACCAACCCUCUUGUUCUAUGGCUAAAUGGAGGACCAGGGUGCUCUUCCUUUGGGUAUGGAGCCAUGCAAGAACUAGGACCUUUUAGAGUCAACAGUGAUGGAAAAACUCUUUACAGAAAUAAAUACGCAUGGAACAAUGUGGCAAAUGUUAUAUUCCUUGAGUCUCCAGCAGGAGUUGGCUUCUCAUAUUCAGACAAUUCAUCAGAUUACUCAAACACUGGUGACCACAUCACAGCUAUAGAUUCAUACACUUUUCUUCUUCACUGGCUGGAGAGAUUCCCACAGUAUAAAACAAGAGACCUGUUCAUAACCGGUGAAAGCUAUGCUGGCCAUUAUGUCCCUCAGCUUGCUAACAUUAUACUCUCAAAAAAUAAGCUAGACAAGAAUCACCCGAUAAUCAAUUUGAAAGGGAUAGCGAUUGGAAAUGGCUGGAUUGAUGAUAAAUAUUGUAACAAGGGAAUGUAUGAUUAUUUCUGGACGCAUGGUCUGAACUCUGAUGAAACUCGUAAAGGAAUUGAAAAGCAUUGCGACUUUAAGACUUCCAACUUUACAAGUGAAUGCGUCAAAUAUACAAAUAGAGCAGAUACUGAGAUGGGAAAUAUUGACAUAUACAACAUAUAUGCUCCACUUUGCAAUUCAACAGAAAGUUCUGCCACCAACUCGGGAAGCGACUUUAACCCUUGUUCUGAAGAUUAUACAACUACCUACUUAAAUCUCCCUGAAGUUCAAGAGGCUCUUCAUGCUAAAGCCACAAAAUGGUCACCUUGCGGCAAUGUGGCAUGGACAGAUAGCCCGGCAACUAUUCUACCCACUAUUAAACGGUUAAUAUCAAGUAGUGUUCUACGAACCUGGAUAUACAGUGGCGACACAGAUGGUCGCGUUCCCAUAACAUCAUCAAGAUACUCUGUGAAUUCUUUGAAACUUCACGUGGAAACAACAUGGCGUCCAUGGGGCUCUGGCAAUGAGGUUGGAGGAUAUGUAGUUGGGUACAAAGGACUUACACUUGUUACUGUAAGAGGAGCUGGUCACAUGGUUCCAAGUUACCAGCCAAAGAGGGCACUAACCAUGAUCACUUCUUUUCUUCGUGGAGAACUUCCUCCUAAAUUAACCUCUUAAGACUAUUUGGUAUAUGCUUAAAAUUGAUGUGGAAAUGUGAUAGAUGAUUUUCAUAUAAAAACAUUUUAGGCUUUGUGUGCAUGAUUGGAAGGCUCUGGUGGUCAAAUGGUGCUCUUAAUAUCAAUAUGUCAUGAUUGUUUGGAUUUACUUAAACUAGUCAAAUGCCCAAAAGCUGUAAAUAUGUUUGCAAAUUGUGUGAAUCUAAUCUUGGUUCUUCAUUAG